UUCUCCGCGGCCGCGGCGUCUCGCCCGCUUUCCUCCGCAACCGCGCGGAGGCGGCGGCGGGAGACACAGAAAAACGAAAAAAACUCGCGCGAAACCUGGCAAAAACUCGAACCUUCUCCCGCGCGCCUUCUCUCAGCUCCCUCCCCAUCUGAGAUCCAUCGUUCCCUUCCACAGUUCCACCCCUCCCCUCCUCCUCGCCACCCCCCCCCCCCCGCCUCAACUCGCCGAUCCUGCGAAGCCGGCCGAGCCCUAACCGCGGCGGCGCCAUGGACACGGAGCCCUUCGACGAGGCGGAACUCGUGCUCCCUGCCUCCCCCGCCGCUUCCCCUCCUCGCCGCCUCAAGCGCCUCAAGAAAUCAUCCUCCCAAACCACCACCACAACCGCAGCCCCUCCCGCCGGCUCCCCAUCCCCACCUCCUACGCCGCCGCCGCCGGCAUCACCGGGUGAGGAAACCCUAGCUCCGCGCCCGUCUCCUACCACCGACCCCUCCCCGCCGCUGUCGGCGUCAGAUGCGGAUGCUCUAACCUCGCUACCCCGUUCAUCUCCCAACCCCGAUUCCUCGCCGCUGCCUCCGACGGACUCGACGGAUGAGGAGGAAGAUGACGACGGGCUGGACCCGCUGUUCUCCGAGAUCGGCGGCUCCACGGGGUGGGAUCCACUGGGCGCGCCGGUGGAAGGGAACGGUGGGGACGAGGAAGAGAUGCUCGGGGGAGGGCUCAUCGAGGAGCUGCGGAGGGAGAAGUCUGCGAAGAAGCGGCUCGACAUGGACGAAGGAGAUGGGGAACUGGCCGCGGGGGCGGAGGCGACGGGAAAGAGGAGCAAGAGGAGGAGGAAGGGGGAAGCGCCUAUGGAGUCGGCCCGAGGGAAGAAACGGUCUGAGAAGGAGAGGAGGGUGCAGCUUGAUUCCAUCCAUGCCGAGUCACAGAGGUUGCUGCGAGAAACAAGGAGCGCGACGUUUAAGUCAAUUGUGCAGCCAGUUUGCAAGCCCAUCUCAUCGGUCCUGGAGAAGAUUCGCCUUCGUAAGCUGGAGAUUCUAAAGAAGUUAAAUACUCCUAUAGAAGAUAAUGAUGAUAAUGAUGCCUCUUUGGACCCUGUGAGCGAUUCUGCUGAGCAUUUGGGUGUGCCUCAGGUUAAGGAAGUGGCCACAGAUGACAAGGAUUCGAGGAUUGAUGACGCUGACAAGGACUUCGGAGCAAAUGGCCAUGACCUGGUUCGGUCUAACAGUGUUCCAGAGGAUGAGGAUGGUUUGAGUUGCAAGAAGGAUCUCCAUAAUUGUGGUACGGAAGCUUCUGAUGAGGAAAUUUCUGAUAGAUCAGAAGAGAAUCAUGAGGAGAAUGCCCAGUCAGGUGAUAACCAUAACGAUUCAGUAGAUCAAACUCAACCGCCCCACUCUUCAAGCCCUACCAAUAGUACAGACGACAUUUCAUCAGAAGAUGAAGAAGAUAAUGAUAAAGAGAACAUUGAUCCAAGUACUCAGAAAAAUGAUUUAAAUAUUGAUGAACACCUCCAACAAGCUAUCGGAGGAGGCUCGUGUCCAGAUGACUCAAUCCUGAAGGAUUUUCUAGAUGAUGAAGCUGAAGAAGAGGAUGAUAGUGACAAUGACAUGAUGAGGUUUAAGGACAAUGAAGAGGAUGGAGGUGACGAAAAUGAAGUUUUUAAUGAUCUGAUAGCAGCUGGCUAUGAAGAAAAAGAUGUAGAUCGUGAGAAGCGUAAUGAACUCCACCAGAAGUGGCUUCAGCAACAAGAUGCUGCUGAAACAAAUAAUGUUUUGCAAAGAUUGAAGUUCGGUCAUCAGGAGCAGAAAGAAUUAACAGAUGAAGAUGAAGAUAUAGCAGACUGUGAGGAUGAAUCAGAAAAUGAAAUGUCAUAUGAUUUAACUCCAACAAAUGUUGUGCGACAAAAUUCUGAAAAGGCAAAACAAAUGAUUGCAAAGAUGUUCACGGACGAUAAUGAUACUUAUGAGCACUCUGAUGACGAGGAAAUAGAGGAGCAUUUAGCCCGUCAACGUGUUUCAAAGCGAGAAGUUCAUAAUAAUUUAUUCAUAUCUCCGUUGGAAGAUGACAGCUCAAGGGAAGUGUUUAGUCUAAUAAAGAAGCUCAAUAUUGCCCCUCAGGCCAAAAGGAGAGGAAAGCAAUCGACAUCAAUUCAUGAAAUGCUUAUGGCUGGAAGGAACAACAGCUCUUCUUCAAAGUCAUCUUUUCUUGGCCGGACAGCCAGUGGUUCAUUGGCAUCUUCUCACAGAUCGGUUUAUAGAACCUAUGUAUUUGGUCGUGAUGACAGCAAUAGCAGCAGUAGGAGCUGCAUGUCUACUUCUGAGAGUAAUUCAGAAAUGGAACAUGACAAUUCCAGCCAACCCAAGAACAAGAAAGCUAAAUUUAGCAGUUCACAGCCGAAAUCAGUAGGGUUAAGGACAAAUUCCGAGGGUGAUGCGAGUUCAGGUGUUUCCUUAUUUGAGAUCCUCCGUAGGUCUUCCUCAGUUACUUCUGAUAAACAAGAAUACAGCCGUCAGGAAAGCUGUGCUACGAUCACAGAAAGUCAGGCAGUGCAUCAGUUCUCAGCAUUCAAAUUAUCAAGGAGGUUUUCCAGGGUGGGAGCAAGAAAUUGACAGCCUCCUUCCCUAGCUAAUCCUUGCUACCAUCCUCAAUCAGGAAAAUGAGAUACCGUCCUGCGCUUUUCGUCAAAACAGUUUGUUUCCUCUGGCAGGUUUUGAGUUCUUAAUCUCGUGUUUCAUCAAAUAUGCUCGCUCUGGGGAAUGUAAAUUGAAUUUCCUGUGAGGCGUAAAGUCGAAUAUCAUGUUUGCUUUCGUACUCCCAAUGCAUUGGCUCUUCAAAUAGAUAGCUGCUGUUAGUUUGUUACCAAAUAUAUGGUUGGGACUUAAUAGCUGUAACUUCAUGAUCAUCGAAUCAAACAUUUUGUA